CAAAAACUUGCUCAUAAUGUGAGAAGUGAGAACAGCCCACUAUGAUGAUCUCCUCAACCUUCUUACCGAAUAAGUCUUUGCUAGAUUCAUUGAUUAACAUAUCCAAUGAAGCUAGCUCAAUGGAGAAGUUUCCAUUUCUACAUGCAAGGAAUGUCACAUCCAUGAUAAGGAGGAUCAAGGUUCUUUCUUCUUUGUUUGAAGAGAUUCAAGUAUCAGAUACUCCACUUCCUCCUUCUUCAAUCCUGUGUUUCACUGAGUUCUUUUCUUUGAUCACAAAAGUCAAGCUUUUGAUCCAAGAAUGCAAGGAUGGAAGCAAUCUCUGGGGUCUAAUACAGUUAGAGUUCAUCUCCAACCAGUUUUAUGUGCUGGCAAAGGAAAUGGGAAGGGUCCUUGAUAUCCUUCCUGUGAGUUUGCUUAACAUAACAACAGAUAUGAGGGAACAACUAGAGAUUCUGCAUAAACAGACAAAGAAGAUUGAGUUGUUCAUUGAUCCUAGAGAUCUUCAAAGAAGAGAUCAGCUCCUACAAGUGAUGGCCAACAAAAGUUUACCACACAACAAGAGCAAAGGCUUCAUUGAUUUGAGGAAAUUGGAAGAGAUAUUAAGCAGCAUUGGUUUCAGAAGUCCUUCAGAUUAUGAUAGAGAAAUAUCAAAGCUAGAGGCUGAAGCUCAGAAUCAAGCAGGCACAGGAGGACUAAUGGUGGUCUCUAAUAUAAACAACCUCUUAUGUGUGGUUUCACAUGCCAAAUCAAUGUUUUUCGAAGAUGGAGAAAGUAAAAAAGAUGAAAGAAACUGCAAGAAACUAUCUGAAUUUCUGUAUGUUAAAAUCCAUGAUAGUUCCUCAUCUUCUCAGUCCAUGACAGUUGAUAUUCCUGACGAAUUUCGUUGCUCAAUUUCACUUCAACUAAUGAGAGACCCUGUGAUUUUAUCAUCUGGGCACACUUAUGAUCGAAAUUCUAUUGCAAAGUGGAUAAACUCAGGGCACCAUACUUGCCCCAAGAGUGGACAAAGGUUAAUUCACACAGCUCUAAUACCCAAUUUUGCAUUGAAGAGUCUUAUACAACAAUGGUGCCAAGAAAACAAGGUCCCAGUAAACGAUCCUACUUCUUUGCUUUCAGAGGGAAACAACAGCAAGAAGAACCUGAAUGAGAAUGCUGUUGAUCAGGUUUCUACAAACCAGGGAUCUACAGAUUCUGUCAAAAUGACAGCAGAGUUUCUUGUUGGGAAAUUGGCAACUGGCUCAGCUGACAUCCAAAUGAAAGCAGCAUAUGAGCUUCGGCUACUCGCAAAAUCCGGCAUGAAUAACAGAAGAAUUAUAGCUGAGGCUGGGGCUAUUCCGUUUCUAGUGACGCUACUAGGUUCCAAUGAUUCAAGAAUCCAGGAAAAUGCAGUCACAGCUUUGCUAAACCUUUCGAUCUUCGACAACAACAAGAUCUUGAUAAUGGCAGCUGGAGCAGUAGAAAAUAUAAUAGGAGUGCUGGAAUCAGGGAAGAGCAUGGAAGCAAGAGAAAAUGCAGCAGCAGCAAUCUUCAGCCUUUCCAUGGUAGAUGAAUGUAAAGUAACAAUUGGAACUCAUCCAAGGGCCAUACCUGCUUUAAUUGGACUCCUUAAAGAAGGAACUGCUACAGGGAAAAGAGAUGCAGCUACUGCACUUUUCAAUCUUGCAGUUUACAAGCACAACAAGGCAAGUAUUGUUCAUGCUGGGGCAGUUACUUUGCUGAUUGAGUUGCUGAUGGAUGACAAAGCUGGCAUAACGGAUGAUGCUUUGGCAGUGCUUGCUUUGCUUCUGGGUUGCUCUCAAGGUCUAGAAGAGAUAAGGAACAGCAAAGAACUGGUCCCUCUUCUUGUUGAUCUUCUGAGAAUUGGAUCAGCCAGAGGGAAGGAAAAUUCAAUAACUCUGUUGCUGGGGUUGUGCAAAGAAGAAGGAGAGCUUGUGGCGAGCCGUCUCUUGGCGAAUCCAAGGAGUGUUCCUUCUCUUCAAAGCUUGGCUGCUGUUGGUUCCUUGAGAGCUCAAAGAAAGGCUGAUGCAUUGCUUCGCUUGCUCAAUCGGUGCUGCUCACAACCUCAUCAUUCUCUUUGAUAGCAAUAGCAAGAUGCAGAGCUGAAUAUUUUGUGAAUGGUACACAUGACAAAUUAUGUUAAUUGAUGGUUGUAAUUUGAUGUCAAAAUCUUGGAGCUUUAUCCCAAUAAACUGCGUAUCGAAUGGUUGCAACUGAUGUUUGCUUCCAAAGAGAGGGAAGGGAUCUUUGGAAAAUGCAUUUUUAUGAUUCAUUA